AUUAUGGUUUUCUAAAUGUUGCCUUUUGUCUACUGUGUGUGUGUGUGUGUGUGUGUGUGUGUGUGUGUUGAAGACUAUUACAGACCACUAUUAGUCUAUAACAGCCCAGUAUUAGACUAUGACAGCCCAGUAUUAUCAGUGGAUAGGACCCCUUUGUUACCAGAACAUCCCAUGCCAACAUUCACGAGCCAACCUAAAACUCCGCCCACUACUACCCCUGCAGUGAGUGUUGUGAGGUUCUUAAUUUCUGCUCAGCCUAAACAGAUCUGCUACAACAUGCCUGUAGGACACAAACUCCAACUCUUUCUGGACGGCUCAUCAGAUAUCUCUAUAAAUGGGCAACUCUCAGAAAAAGGCUUUACGCUAGUUGCUAUUCAUUAUAAAACAGCAAAGCUUCUUGUGAGUCCUAAUGAAAGUGUCUACUCUGAAGGAGAGAACAGUGUGAAGUUUGUGUGGGGGCAGCCAGAGCCCAGCAGUCAUGAGUCACAGAACAUGUCAAUAUUUCAAAAGACCAACGAGUUAGACGUCACCAUGGGAACUGUGCGCGUCGUUGUCCUCAUUCAUAUGAACAGUGGAGAUGUUUUUCUGUGGCCCGUUGUUCAUAAACAAGGAAAAGAUUCUAACUUUAGAGGCAUUCUGGGAAAAAACGAUCUUCACUAUGAAGAGCUCCAAGGAUCAAAGCUGAAAAUCAAUGACCAGGAAGUUGAUGCAACGCUGAGCUCUGCCAAAGACUACAGAUUUGCUGCUGCCCCUAGUGUGGAAUGUUGGCUUGUACCAUUCCAGUCUGCCCUCCAGGGGGAGCUCUCUGACUUCACUGUGUCACAGCUGUAGAAACUCCAUCUGAAAUCUGGGAAUCUUAUUUUCAGCUGAAUGCUGGUUUACUGCUAAAUACAGUGAAUUUAGCCUAAAACAAAUCAUCUGUCAGAGUACAGAAAAUAAUUAUUAUUGUUAGAUAAGAUGAGAGAUAAGAUGCCCAAAAUACUGACCCCUGUGUAGUUCAUUCCAAAGACCUGUUUAAUUUAGAUGGAGGAAACUAAAAAUAGAUGAAAUAGCCUUGUAGCUAUUAUACUUGUAUUCUUAGUCAGACUUCAUCAAAACUCUCUGAAAAACAGACACAAACAUUCUUUAUUAAAAAUAGCAAAUGAA